AUGCCCUGCGCGGGGGCGUGGCCUGGCGAGCGCGCCCCCCGCCCGUGUCGCAGUGGGGGGGGCCGUGGGGACAGGGUCCCUGUGGGCUCUUGUGCUCGGAUGAUGCAUUCCGGAAGUUACAGUCAGUCUGGGGGCCAGCAGAGCUACUCGUCCUAUGGCAACCAGAGCAGUCAGAAUUAUGGACAGGGACAGGGAUAUUCUGGUUAUGGGCAGAGUGGAGACAAUUCCUCCUAUGGACAGAACUAUGGAAGCUAUCAUGGGAGCUAUGGACAAAAUCAAUCAGGUUAUGGACAAGAUUCCCAGGGAUAUGAUGAUGAAUCCAAUUAUGAAAAUCAGAAUCAGAGCUCAUACAACCAGCAGUCCUAUGGCAGCCAGGGGCAGCAGAAAGGGUCAUCCAGAGGUGGAAGAGGCUCUUAUGAACAAAAAUCAAACUAUGGUCAGCACCAAAGCUCUUAUGACCAGCAGUCAAGCUAUGGACAAAACCAAGACUCUUAUGACCAGCAGUCCAGCUCCUAUGACCAGCAGUCGGGCUAUGGCCACCAGAGCUCUUAUGACCAAAAGUCAGGCUAUAACCAGCACCAAAGCUCAUAUGGCCACUCCCAGCAAUCCUACCAGUCUCAGAAGGGAAGUUAUAGCCACAACAGCCAAGAUGAUCGCCGUGAAAAGAGCAGGUAUGGAGAAGAUAAUAGAGGAUAUGGCGGGUCACAGGGAGGAGGUAGAGGGGGAUAUGACAUGGAUGGAAGAGGUCAUAUGUCUGGAUAUAGUGGUGGUGACCGUGGUGGCUUCAAAAAUUACGGUGGUCAAAGGGAUUAUGGACCAAGAUCAGAUGCUGAUUCAGAGUCUGACAACUCUGAUAACAACACCAUCUUUGUGCAAGGACUCGGAGAGGAUGUUUCAACAGAUCAAGUGGCAGACUAUUUCAAACAGAUUGGUAUCAUAAAGACCAACAAAAAGACUGGCAAACCCAUGAUAAAUCUGUACACAGACAAGGAUACUGGCAAGCCAAAGGGAGAAGCCACAGUAUCUUUUGAUGACCCUCCUUCUGCUAAAGCAGCAAUUGACUGGUUUGAUGGAAAAGAAUUCAAUGGCAAUGUUAUCAAAGUUUCUUUUGCAACCAGAAGACCUGAAUUCAUGAGAGGAGGUGGAGGUGGCGGGCGUCGAGGUUCACGAGGUGGCUAUGGAAGAGGUGGGGGCUUCCAGGGUAGAAGUGGGGAGCCCAAAAAUGGUGAUUGGGUUUGUCCUAACCCGUCCUGUGGCAACAUGAACUUCGCUCGCAGGAAUUCCUGCAACCAAUGUGGGGAGCCCAGACCAGAAGAUUCACGUCCACCAGGAGACUUCCGUGGGAGAGGUGGCUACGGAGGAGAGCGGGGCUACCGAGGGCGCGGCGGCCGCGGCGGCGACCGGGGAGGCGGCUACGGGGGCAAAAUGGGAGGAAGAAAUGAUUUCAGAAAUGAUCAACGCAACAGACCAUACUGAAGACCACUGUGAAUGUUUUGUUUGUCUUGAUGCGUUUGAUAGUGAACUUGCCUGCAGCUUCACCCAUGGCCUCUUUCGAUAGUGGAAUUGAGUGAAACUAGAUUUUUAUUUUGGUGGGAGGGACUGGGGUGGUUUGGGAGGAUUUUUUUUUUAAGCAAGGCAUUGAAAUUUAAUCCUAAUUUCCACAUUGUCCUCUUUUCUUCCCCCCUGCCCCCGUACCUUUUCAACAGGCCCUAAGAAGGAAAAGGAUAAACUGUAAAAUAUUGCCAAAAUAUGAAGUGUUUUGUAAUACA